AUGUCUCGUCCUAAUCUACUGCAAACAACUCCAUUGGAUAACUCGGUUGUUGAUUCCGACCUCACUACAGGCGUAGAGGAAAACCAACACACUCUGUUCCAAAGUCCUGCCAGAUCCCAGUUACCGGAUAUUCAUCUGUGCACUACAAGUGAAACACGAUCAAAUCCGAAUCUGGACACGACUCGUACGCAGAACUGUAAUGAAUCUUUGCAUCGUGGGAUAGCCAGCGUUUCUCGUGGUCUUCCCGAUUUUCUUCCCCACGAAUUCGUGGAGGUUGAAACUGAUGGAACACCAGUGGACACCCACAGACUUCCAAUAUCUAGUAUCAGUCAAAAUUUCCCGCUACAAAGUACAUCCCUUCCGACACUACCCGUGAACGUUGCCGAAUGUCACUCGCAUUUUGCUUCAUCCUCAAAAUCGUUUGAACAUUUGGCUCAUGCUAUUACAAGUAAGGGUAAGACCAGCGCAUCAAAUCUGAAUGAUCCGAGAGGAGUUGUUGGUGGAUGGAAUUCUGAACGGAUGGGAGCAAACCAAGCUAUGGAAUCUGAUAGCCGCUGGAGCACACACACGACCCCAUCUUCGUCUCAAGCUGAUCCUUUCGUAGAUGCACAUCCGGUCAGUCUAUCUGGUUCGAUCACUAGCCCAGACCCACGGUUUCUCAGUCAACAGGAGCGGAUCGAGGCGUUGGCUGUUCGAUUGGAAGAGACUGAACAAGAAUUACGUGAAACCCGUCGUCUAUUACGUGAGCAGACGCAACUGUAA